AUGGAAAAUCAUGAAUCAGAUGAUACUUUCAAGAGAGAACACAUUUUUGACAUCAUACACAGAAAAAUUAACCAACUUCCAGAAGCAGAAAGGAACCUACUUGAACAUGGGUCAACAUAUAUUGGACUAAAUGCUGCUCUCUGUGGCCUAAUAGCAAACAGUCUUUUUCGACGUGUCUUAAAUGUGACACAGGCUCGUAUAGCUGCUGGUUUACCAAUGGCAGUGAUCCCAUUUUUGACAGCAGACGUAUCUUACAAAACCGUUGUAAGUUUACCACUGAAUACAGGUGAUUUGCAUUGUGAAACCUGUACCAUAAUACGAGGUGGAUUGGUUGGACUGCUUGUGGGUGGUCUGUACCCUGUUUUCUUGGCUAUUCCUGUGAAUGGUGGCCUAGCAGCCAGGUAUGCCUCAGCCCUGCUACCAGAGAGAGGAAACAUCUUAACCUACUGGAUCAGAAUUUCUCAACCUAUCUUUAGAAAGAUGUUAUUUCCUAUUUUGCUCCAGACUGGGUUUUCAGCAUACCUUAGUUCAAGGCAAUAUAAACUACUUAUAAAGGCUCUUCAAUUACCUGAACCUGGCCUAAACCCUGAAUGA